AUGCAAGAGUUUUUCCAACCAAAACUUACUGUUGCUCAUGGAAAGUAUCCAGAGAUUCAAAUUGACAUGUUUCAGCACAAACACCAUACAGUAGCAUAUUUACUCACUCAUGCUCAUGCUGAUCAUAUGGUUGGAUUGGUGUCACUUCUCAGUGUAAAUAAAGUAUAUUGCACACCAGUUACAGCAAAGCUAUUGCAGACUACAAUGGGAGCCUCGAAUCUGUUUCCAAUCGUAUUCAACAAACCAUUUCAUAUUCAACUGGCCAACAAUAAACAUCUUCAAAUCACAUUUCUUCCAGCGCAUCAUUGUCCUGGAUCUGCCAUGAUACUGAUAAUAGGAGACAAUGGCACGAUACUGUGUACUGGAGACUUUCGAUCUGAAAAACGUAUUGACUCACUGUCCUUUGCUAUAGACAGACUAUCUAUAGAUUCAGUGUAUCUGGAUACCACGUUUGCACAUCCAAACUGGAUGAAUUUACCUACUCGGCUUGAAUCAGCCAAUGCUCUUAUAGAGGUCAUUAAAACGUACUCUGAAUCUGUAAAUGUAUAUCUACAAUCAAAAACAAUUGGAUAUGAGCAUCUUUGGGUUUGUUUAGCACGACACUUUAAUACAAAGAUCUAUGUCACCGCAUCACGAAAAAUAAAGUACGAGCUGAUGGACCAAUGCAAAAAGGCAGACGAAGAGUGGUUGCAUGAGUGUACUGUCUCACAGUUUUUAACAACAGACGAGCAAGAAGCUCGAUUUUUUGUAGAUAUGUGUCCAAAAGCUGAGCUUUCUAAAACCAAAGGAUGCUUAUUGAAUAUUCAUCCAUCUGCCAUGUUUUGGGGACGCGGUAGCGACAGUGAUGCCAUCUCUCAUCACACAUAUUGGAAAAGGGUUUCAGGAUUUAAAGAUUUUAUAGUUCAGGACCUUCGUGAUAGCAUGUCAUGGCGACUUUUGUAUUCUAUGCACUCAUCAUUAUCCGAAUUGAUCGAAUUUGUUGCUGUACUAAAGCCACAACGAGUAUAUCCUACAGUGACUAGCAGUAGCAAUGCUAUGUUUUUCCCAAAGCAGAUAAUGAAGCAUUUUAUGCUCUUGAAUUCAACUGAAACUGCUUUGCAGGCAAGAAGAUUGAAGCAUAAGAGUGUCACAACAGCAGAUCUUGACAAGUCAAGCCCAAGACCGUCCGAGCCAAUUUGUUUAGCCCUACCAUGUAUGGAGUCUCAAACGACUGUGCCAGAUCUCAAGUUUGGUCCAAAUUUAGAUGCUAUUGCCCAUGUUCGCCGUAGCUUUCUGGAUCUCGACAACUUUCAGUCUAAGCGGCUUCGGUGUACAAGAUAUUGA